CAUGCGUGCGCAUCCUGUUGGCUCACCGGCACGCACAAAAGCAUCCGUUCCACGCGUUUGGGACCACGCCGAAUCAUCUCCCGCGUCACCCUGCAGCCCAGCAUCCACACCAGGGCAACCAAAACGCCGCAUCCCCCCCCACAGCCAGGCUCAAGCCUUCCGAUAUAUAACUUUGAGAAAUGGCGUGGCGUGGCGUCCCCGUCCCCUGCGCUCUGAUGGAUGGCUUUGACUGAUUAAAUGAGAUGUCUCCGCAGCGGCCCGCUUGAAGGGCUGGCCGAAAUAUGAUGAAUUGGGGGAGCAAAGUGGAGAAUUUAGCGGCUAAAAAGGCAACGCGUCCCUCAGGAGUGGCUGGAGAACCAAAACGCCCGUCUGAGAAGUGGACAAGAACAAGACGUUAACAACUAUGGAGACGGGACAAUCGCCGGGCGUCACUUUGGAAGUGUUGAGGACGUCAGCUGGGACGCGCGGCGACGCAUCACUGGAUUGAGCCAGCUGUCCGUCCGUCGCUCCGUCUCCAGGAGCCGCUGCCGCCGCUGCAUCGUUUUUUUUUUUUUUUUUUUCUUUCCCCUCCCAACCCCUCCUUGGCUCCCCAUCUCCAAUUCUGCUGCUUGCGCCACUGUGGGAAUGCGGCGGAGGUGAAUCAGUCGCAAAGGUGUCGAUGAAUCCUGGCGCCGGGAGCGGAGCUAUUUACGGAGACGAGAAGCGGGCUGCGGGCGGUCGGACACCUACCGAGCCACAAUCCUCCCCCCCUCCCCCCUCCAGUCCACUUGGGGAACCCAUCCAGCUGUCACCCCGGAUCGGUUGGAUCAUCAUCUCACUCGGACUUCACGUCCACGGUGGAUUAGUAAGACAACAAGAUAAGAACGGGGCGGGCGGGCAAACUUGAACUCGGAUGGCCCAACUGAACGAGGGAACGCCAAUUUUUCUGAUGACUGCGCGUGGAUUUACAGCUCUGGUCUCCUCCACCUUGCGACGGAUCGAUAUCCAGUUUUCUUUUUUUUUAAACAAGGGAGUGAAGCAUCUCGGGAUUUACCGUCACUUCGUUUGAGCCCCCCCCCCACACCCAGCCACCCUCCUUUCUUUCCUUCCUUCCGUCCCUCCCUCCAUCCCUCCAUCUCACCUGUUUGUAACCUGUGCGCUUGUGUGUGUACUUCCUUGCGCUCCGCCAGAGGGAGUACGGCUUGUGUGUCUGCAUGCGAGUGCCGUGGCAGCGUUUAACGACUUCCAUGACUGUCACAUGUGCUCGAGUGGUGCGCGCAUGCAUGUGCCUGUAAAUAGAAAGGCUUGCCGUGUGUGUAAGAUGUGCCGCUUUGGUUCGCCACCAUCCCUUCCUCGGCUGCGCCACUUGAUCUUUUGGAAACCCGUUUGACCUCCAAAAGCUCCCCGAGAGACGGAAAGCAGGAUGAGCGAGCACUCGGGCGCCAGCACGCUGGCGGCUAUGACGUUGGAGGAGCCGGGGGCGGAGCAAGCGUCCCCCCGGGCCCCGGGCCCUUUCCGCUGCGGCCCCUGCGCCGUGUGGCCUCGCCAGCAGACCUGGCUGUGCGCCGUGCCCUUGGUGAUGGGCUUUGUGGGCCUGGGCCUCAGUCUCAUGCUGCUCAAAUGGAUUGUGGUGGGAUCCGUCCAAGACUACGUCCCCACCGACCUGGUGGAUCCCAAAGGGAGCAUGGGACAGGACCCCAUAUUCCUUUCCAAACCCAGCGCCAUGCCCAAGGGGCCGGACAUUUCGACCGCCACCACGCCUACCGCCGCCACGGUUUCCACGACAACGCCGCUAGCCGCCGACGGAACCGCGCCGGCGCCGAGAACUCGAUCCGGGCCGCCGGCCAACCAUACGGCCAACGGCGAGGGCAACCGGGCCCCGCACCUCCACAACCGCGUUGGCACCCGACUGGGCGGGACCACGCCGACCGUGUCCGCCACCCGCGCCCCCCGAAUGACGCCGGCGCCCGGCAGGAAGGAAGUGACCCCUCGCGGCACGGUCAGAAAAGGGAGCAGCGGCGGCGGCGGCGGGCGCAACGGGGCCGGCCACGCAAAGCCCGGACUGACCCCCUCCACAACCGGGGCCCCGGCGACCUCCAGCACCACCACCACCACCACUGUGAGGAUCACCACAAAGGCCCCGACGACGACGACGACGAGCGCCUCUCAGCCAGUCAAGCCCACGGCUCGUUGGACUCACGGGCGGCAAGGAAAGGCACCGGCCACUCGACCGCACCACCGCUUCCGGACACCGAUGGCACCGACACAGCCCAGCCUGCGCUCGGAGGUUUUCAAGCCUUGCGUGGAAGAUAAGGACUUGGCCUUUUGCCUCAACGACGGCGAGUGCUCCAUCAUCGAGACGGUGGCCGGGGUCCAUCGACACUGCAGAUGUAAGGAAGGCUACCACGGUCUCCGCUGUGACCAGUUCGUACCCAAAACGGACGCCAUCUUGUCCGACCCAACAGAUGAACUCGGAAUUGAGUUUAUGGAGAGCGGUGACACCUACCAGAGGCAAGUGUUGUCCAUCUUCAGCAUCGCCUCGGGGAUGUGUCUCCUCGGAGUGGCGUGCAUGGCUCUCUACCGGCGCAACAAGAGACACCGACAAAAACUCCAGGCUCAUUUCUCCGAAAGUCGCAGCUUGCGGGACUGCGGUAUCAACGCCUCUGGUCUGAUGUCUAAAUCUGCCUUCAGAACACAGUACACGCUCCACAAGGCAAGUUCAAGACUCUUUAGACCUCUAUGUUUCGAUGCCUGCGGCACCCACGACGGCGCUGCCGACCCGGGAGCGUCCACGGCCUCGCCGCGAGUUCUCGUCAGGGCGCGGUGCAAAGGAAAACGCUUCAGGAGCAGUUCCCUCUCGCUCAGCCCGGCGCUACGACGCAAGGAGACCAAUCAUUUCAGGACGCCGCCCAUUUCCAGAGGAAAGCUGAAGCUGCGGUCCAAUCUGGCGGACGCCUCGCGAACGUCUUCUCACAUCUACAAGCACCUGCGGGAGGAGCGCCCCGGACACUCUGAGUCCUUCAGGAGGUGUGAUGCCAGCAGGGGAAAGGUCGGCGCCCUGCUCGGCGGGACAUCUCACUUUGCCGGGAGAAGGGGAUGGACCGAGGUGCCUUGCACUCGUCUGGAUAAAGGAAGCUGCUUCCCUCCGUCCUCGCCGCGCGGCCGUUCCGUUCCCAUCAUCCCCUCGCUGCAGGCGAGCGACCUUGAGGGAAAGCGUUUGGAUUCGCAGAACCCAGGGGGGUGUCUGGUCCUCUCCGCCGGCCCUUCCUCUCCGAGCGCCGUGCCCAUUAGUGUUCGCCCCCAGACGCCCUCCGUUGUUACGACCGCACGACUCGAUCCCCGGAACCUUUCUAGUCCUCCCGCGAAGACUUUGGCGACUCGCGUGGACCGCAGGGGUGCCGUUGAAGUCGAGACUGGACAAAGUAGCCGCUCUUCUGCCAGAGAUCAAACAGGCACUGGAAUCCGUGGUUUCAAGAUGGCGGGCCAAGGUUACGCCGCCAUGGAGAACUCAAACGGUCCCUCGGCCAUCUGCAGAGGAAUGGGAAAUUUGAGUUGAUUGGAUUAACUUUGCAAAGUUUCAGAAGUCGGGGCCGAUACCUUCGGGACCAUCUGUGCGGCCGCCGAUAUCGGAGGCCCUUCGAUGAACUGCAAAGGACGAAGGACCCCCAAAAAAAAAAAAGAAUAUCGACCCAAACAAGCACACAUUGUGGAUAAACUCAUAACAGGACAACAAACUGCGAGUGGGAGCUCAAGUGGAAAAGAAAAGAAAACUAUUUAAAGGGAGGUUCUACCUAGAAACCAAAAUAGUGUGUCUCUAUGUUGUUUCUCUAUUGUAAAGAAAUGAAAUGAAACAGUAUAUGUCAUCUAAUAUAUGUCACAUGGACGUAUAUAUAUUUGACAUACAAUUGUGACAAAAUAAAGACCAAGAUAA